AAGCUUUCUUUACUUGCCUUUGAUAUUUUACAUUGGUAUCAAAGCUUCCUCUCUAACGAGUUCCUAAUGGCCAAAACCUCCACAGCCUCUGCCUCUGGUGAUUCCUCCCCAACCUCUAGUGACAUCACCAACAACCCCAACUCUACAGCCACCAUCAUCAACCGAGUUGCCCGUGGACCCAUAUCCUUUAAUCUCGCUGCUUUUCGCUUAAAGCUAAUACCCACAAAUUAUCUCUCUUGGAAAACCCAAUUCACCAGUCUCCUUGCUGGCCUUUGGGCCCGACAAGAUCAACUUUUACGCCAUGCUCUAAUUACCUCCGUCUCAGAGAAUAUCAUGCCUUACAUUGCUGCAGCACUCACUGCUCAACAAGCAUGGGAAACGUUGGCCCAUCUCUAUGCCAAUAGGUCUCAAACUAGAGUUAUCACACUCAAAGAAUGGUUGCAGAACAUGAGGCGUGAUGGACGGUUGGUCUCUAAUUAUUUGCGCUCCCUCAAAGCUGUUGCAGAUAAGCUUGGCACAGUGGAUAGACCCCUCACUAAUGAUGACUUGACCGUCUACAUUCUGAAUGGAUUGGGUCCUGAAUUUCGUGAAAUUGCUGCCUCUCUCAGAACUUGUGAUUCCUCUCUUUCCUUCGAUGAUCUGCACGAUCGGCUAGUUGCUCACGAAGAGAGUCUUCGUAGAGAGGAAAUUAAACUUGAAUUUGCUCCGGUGAGUGCUCAUUAUGCUGCUUUUCCCACUCACGGUUUCUCUGCAGGUGCCUCUUCCACAUCGUCGACGACAUCAUCUGGUUUGCUUCCAACACCCUCUAUUGGGCGCAUCCCCCAAUUUGGUCAGCCAACUCGCAACAAUCGUGGUGGGCCAACUUAUAACAGGCCCAAUUUUAACAACAACAGGAGACGCUCUAAUCGGCCAAAUAAUAGACCCACUACAAUGGCCUGCCAAUUAUGCAACAACUCAGGCCACUUUGCCCGCAAUUGUCCCUUCUAUAGAAUGCACCAACAAGCCCCUAUUGCAAAUGUUGCCACUUCCUUCAUUGAAACAACGAUGAGUGGCUUUUGGAUUCUGGGGCAACAAACCAUGUGACCACAGAUUUGGCAGACCUUCACUGCAUUCUGAAUAUCAUGGUCCGAAUGAACUCCAAAUUGGAGA